AUGAUAUCUGGUGUAACCUGCAUCAUAGAGAAUUGGUGGUCACUGUUCCAAACACUGAUCAUCGGCUGGAUAACUUUCAAACUCCUACAACUACUCUUCAUCUACUUAAAAUACACUGUCGGUAUUUAUUAUUUCUCAAAACGAAAAUCACUACGAAAAGCUGGUGAAUGGGCAAUCGUAACUGGUGCAUCAGCAGGAAUUGGUGAGGCGUAUGCAGAAGAACUAGCAAGUGAGGGUCUCAAUCUCAUGUUGAUUAGUAAUGAUGAACAACAAUUGCAGUCGGUUGCUGAUCGAAUAUCUCGUGAGUACAAUGUGAAAACACGAAUUGUUGUAGCAGAUUUCACAAAAGAUAAUUUUCACCAAAUCAUCAAACCGCAAGUUGAACAACUAUCCACUAUCGCCUGUUUAGUCAAUAAUGUCGGUAUGCAAUUACCACUGACAUUCUUUGCUGGACAAAUUGAUUCACCCAACGAACAAUCCAUCACAAAUAUCAUACAUUGUAAUGCUCUGUCAACAGCAACUAUGACACAUUUAGUUCUACCAAAAAUGUUAACACAGAACACACCUAAUCCUGGCAUUAUCAAUAUCGCCUCAUAUUCUGCACUCAGAACUACUCCCUAUUUGGCAAUGUAUACCGCGACCAAAGCAUUCAUUAUUCAAUUUGCCAAAUGUCUUGCUGCUGAAAAAUAUGCCAAAAAUGAUAUUAUCAUACAAACAUUGUGUCCAUUGAUUGUUUGCACUAAAAUGACUCGGAAUGAGAAAUUAUCCAUUUUAAAUCCAACAGCUAAACAGUUUGCUAAAAGUGCAUUAGAUAUGUUCGGUGUUGUCCAGCUAACCACUGGUUCUAUUCGUCAUGAAUUGAAAGCCUAUCUUUUUAAUUUAUUACCAACACCUGUAUGGAUAUUGUUGACAGCGUCCAGGGUGAAUGCACGUAAGAAAUCUGUUUGA